CCCUAGAACCCUCUUCAACUCUGUUUCUCUCAUCCUCCCGGCCAUCGGCAUUCCCCGUCGCCGCCGACGCCGUCGCCGUCGUGACCUUCACGCUGUGAUUAGGAACGAAAAUCAAUUGUCUGUGAUUCACUCAAGAUGAAAAUCUUAGAUCAAAAUGCUGGCAUGCUGACGAAUUUCGAGGUUGUUAAUUUGUUGAGAUCGAGGGGGGCAACAAUUGAUCUUUUGGGAUCUCUUGGUGUUGUUUCUGCCUCAGAAUGCAAGGUUUAUAGUUUUCUUGCUGACAGUGCUUCUUGCAAUCAAACAAGAGAAUGCAUUGGGGAGUUUCUGAAGAGAUGUGACAAGUUCAAGCUUUCGAAAACUGAGUUGCUUAAUAUUAUCAACUUGAGGCCAUCCAGCCAACCUCUGAUUUACCCGCUCAUACGGAACUGUGAUACACGUCUGGCGAAGAACGAGGAUGAAGGUAUUGAUGAAGUCCAAGAGUUGGUCGAUCUUGUGAAGGAGGUCCUGCCUCUGCCCCCUGCAAACAACCCUGACAAUGAAGUGGAAGUUAAAACAACAGAAAUUCAACAAGAAAUGCAAGACGAUAAGAUGACAGAAACAAACUAACAUUUCUUGGUUUCUCUUUUGACAAAUGAAAUUGAGGAACUUGUAUAGUUUGACAGUAGCUCAAAGUAUAUCACGCUGUCCGAAUCUUUAUUUGAAAAGCAAUUUAGAAAGAAUUUAUUAAGAAUAGAUUUU